UUCGUAUCGCCGUGAAAAGAACGUAUUCCUCGGAAUAUCGGAAUAUAUGAGAGAUGGAAAGUUUCCUACGUUUACUGCUCGUUUGCCAGGCAGUUUGUUUGUGGCUCGCUGCUGCAAAACUGAAAGAUUCUGAUUAUAGGCCCGGGUUUGAGGACAAUGCCGCUGCUGCCGUUGCCGUUGCAGAAAACAAUCAAUUGAUGCUGAAGGAUGAUGAUGCUGGCGAAGGUAUACUGGCGAAGGCAACGGCAACUGAAAGACCCGCAGUGCAAGUAAAAGUGACAAAUGAAGUGGAAAGUGCCAUCGGAAUGAGAACGAUGAUGACUGCACUGGUGGCAGGGGCAAGGAUGAGAAAUCGGGGCGCCGCGCGGGAGAAGGCUGACUACUUUGACACACAAAUGGCACGACUGUCCCACCUAAUGAGCAGACAGCAACCCGAUCGGCUGCCAAUGUGGGAUGGGCAUAACCUGGCCAACAAUCCCAGCACGGCCGAGCAAUUACUCCGCCUACAGCCGGACUACAAAUUGCUCUACAAUGCCGACCAUCAUACCUACUUCCACCUGCACACCCUGGACCCGAAGGCGCACCUCCUUCAGAAAAAGGAGAAGGAGGAGCAGGCUCCGCAUCGACGACUUUUCCAGCAGGUUGUGGGCAACACACUGACCGCUGCCUUUGGCCUAAAUGUUAUGAGGAAAGGGGAGACGGAAGCGGGCGAGGUCAUCACCGAAAAGGUGAAUCUCUACGAUGCCGCUUCCCUACGAAGGUCCCGCUUUAAUCCUUUCAAUCCCACUAGAAUCCUUAUUCAUGGCUGGCUGGGAAACGAGAAUGCCAAUAUGUACAGCGCCUUGCUGCCCGCUUACUUUAAUCUCCAGAAUGGUAACUACAACAUCUUCACCGUGGACUGGGGACGCGGGGCCAUAGCCGACUACAUCACGGCCAGUUAUCGUGUGAAGCCAGUGGGUCAGGUUGUGGCCAAGUUUGUGGACUUUUUGAGCCAGGAGGCGGGACUUCGCUUCGAGGAUCUCCAGCUGAUUGGAUUUAGCAUGGGAGCCCAUGUGGCUGGACUGGCGGGUAAGAAUGUCCAAACCGGACGCCUUCGGAUGAUCCGGGCCUUGGAUCCAGCUUUGCCCUUCUUCCGCUACGCCCAGGAAAAGGAACGGCUCACCUCGCAGGAUGCCGACUACGUGGAAGUCCUGCACACGAGUGUGGGCAGCUAUGGCUUCGAUCGACCUCUGGGGCAUGUGGAUUUCUAUGCGAACUGGGGCAGCCAGCAGCCGGGAUGCUUCUGGCUAGAAUGUAGCCAUUGGCGGGCUUUCAUGCUCUUUGCCGAAAGCCUUCAGUUAACGGGACUUCAGGACUCAGUUUUCCUGGCGCGUGGAUGCCCAACCUCUGAAUGGCAACAGCUGACCCGCUUACACCGUUGCUCCCAAGGCGAGGGGGCUAACGAGACCAUGGGCGGGGAUUUGGCCAAUGCUACUGCAGAGUUCUUGGCCAGACGGCGCGGUGUCUAUUAUUUUCCAACAAAUGACCAGCCGCCCUAUGCUAUUGCUGUUGCAGUUGCAGUGGCAACACAAAAUGUUGGCCCAAAGGGUGGCACAAAUAAAUAAACACACACAGAGAAAUGGCAAAGAGAACGUAAUGAGCGAAAUGCCGGGUGCUGUUCGCGUUUUUAUUUCUAAUUAGUAAGUGCACGUUGUAUUACACACAUGUGGAUUGGUAUUUGUGCUUGCGUUGGUGUGUUUGUAUUGGUGUGUGAGUGUGUAUGUGUUCCAUUUCUAAAAGCUGGCUGGCAAAAUUAAAAAACGCUGCCAUGUGUAAAAUGCUUUUCAUGCCAGUCACAGGCAUCUGCAGGAAAUGGGGAAAAAAUUUGUGAAAACGUCCAUGCAGGAAAAUAUAAGUACAAACACAAAACCCGGCUCUAUUUCGGUCUGAAAAAUCAUGUAGAAAUGGAUGUUCCCUCCAAAAAAAGAAAUAAAAACCAAAAACUUGUGAGUUUUAACAAAAGAAUAAAAAGAAAAUUGAUCUCUAGUUUGCAGCAUCCCUUAAAAUAAUAUUUAUUCCUAGUUUAAAGCAGAUUUUAUUCACAUGAAAUGAAAAAUAAUAGGCUUUUAGGCUUUUGAUUUACACGAAAUAUGCAUUCUGUUUAAAUAUGUCCUGGCAAAUAUCCUUGCCCUCUAGGAGCCCUCUUGCUCUCUGCAAGGAGCUAUGCAUACAACUUGCUUAAUUUAUAGGCCAAACUUGAAAGAAAGUUUUUAGAAAAAGACUGGAAAAAAGAAAAUUCACCGCCACUUCUUCUUCUCCAGAGACCCAUUAAAAUAUUUAGCUGGCGUUUUUG